UCAGAGGUUCUUCUGCAGGGAAGGCAGGCGCUAGUUUCGCUUUGCGUCGCUGCCGCACCUCUGGGGCUCCGUCGCGUUCUUCAGGUGUCCAUCCAGCGUCCUCCUCCCGAUGUUGCCCACGAGUCGCGCGCCGCUGGGGCCUCUGGGUGUGCGACUCACUCGGGACAGUCUGUGAGCUCCGGCGAGGGUUUCCUUCGACAGCUAGAGCAGCAUCAUCUGCUGCUGCCAAAAUCCUUCUUCUCUUUUUAGCCCCUCGUUGCGAGAAGCUCACGUCUGAGCGCCACGCGUGAGACUUCGGGGGUCUCGUCCGCCUGGGGAACAAAACCGGACCGCGAAGAGGAGGCAGAAGAAGCAGCGAUGGAGAAAGAAGCCCAGAUCCUCUUCUGAGGUUCUCCAAGUCCUACGGAGCAGUCCUCGGUCCUGAGUGCCGACAGGAUGGCGCAGGGCGAUGGCCGUAGAGCACAGGCGUCUCCGCUGUGCGGUCACACUCAGCGUGUGGACAUGGACUCGUACCAGGAGGAGGUUGGCGCCGAGGCGCUCUCUGUGUGGGUGGACCGUGAAGGGGCGUCCGAGGGCCUGGCGGAGCAGCCGUUCUCGGGAAAGCAGCUUCCUUCCCGGCGGCCGAGUCCUCCGCCGCACCGCUACAGAGACAGAAGGAGGGCAGGAGGGGACGCCGCGCAGGAGACAGCGGGGUCCCGGGAUUCUGAGGAGGACGAUGCCAAAGGGGAGGCGGAGAGCUUCCAGCAGGAGCAAAUCAUAGUGGAGGUUAACCUCAACAAUCAGACCCUCAACGUCUCCAAGGGGGACAAGGCAACGUCCUUCACGGACCCUUUGUCCAAGGUCAAGGGCCUCCUUACGGAGGAGGGGCAGGAAUCCGAGCGCGGCCAGGACACGACCAGGAAGCCGCCGUCAGGGAGGGCCGGAACGAGCGCCGUGGCGCAGCCUACGAGGGGGACGCGCAAGGCCGCGAUGGCGGCUGCCAGUGCCGUAGCCUCGUUCAUGAGCGCCAGGGGCCGACGGCCCGGGAGCCGGAGGCGGCCGGCCCAUAAGACCGAGGGAGCGGCGUCGAGGCGCGGGUCCUCGCACCUAGAGCCCGCCCCGACGCUCGCCGACGCGGAGAGCGGGACCGAGCGGGAGACGCUCGCCUGCAGCAAGUGUCCUCGUGUCUUCCACACCCGCUGGUACCUGGAGAGGCACAUGAACGUGACGCACCGGCGCAUGAGCAUCUGCGACAAGUGCGGCAAGAAGUUUGUGCUGGAGAGCGAGCUGGCGCUGCACCUGCGCACGGACUGCGAGAGGAACGUCCAGUGUGCGUCAUGUAACAAAGCUUUCAAGAAACUUUGGUCGCUGCAUGAGCACAUCAAGACUGUCCAUGGCUACGGUGAGAAGAAGUUCUCCUGUGAGACCUGUGAGAAGAAGUUCUACACCAUGGCGCAGGUGCGGAAGCACAUGGUCGCCCACACCAGGGACAUGCCGUUCACCUGCGAGACGUGCGGCAAGUCCUUCAAGCGCAGCGUGUCCCUCAAGGUGCAUUCCCUGCAGCACUCGGGCGAGAAGCCGUUCCGCUGCGAGAGCUGUGACCAGCGGUUCCAGUACAAGUACCAGCUGCGCUCCCACAUGAGCGUCCACGUGGGACACAAGCAGUUCAUGUGUCAGUGGUGCGGCAAGGACUUCAACAUGAAGCAGUACUUUGAUGAGCACAUGAAGACCCACACUGGCGAGAAGCCGUUCAUUUGUGAAAUGUGCGGCAAGAGCUUCACGAGCCGGCCCAACAUGAAGCGGCACCGUCGCACCCACACGGGCGAGAAGCCGUACCCCUGCGACGCGUGCGGCCAGCGCUUCCGCUUCUCCAACAUGCUCAAAGCCCACAAGGAGAAGUGCUUCUCGGCCAGCGGCCGCCUCAAGCUCCUCCCCUUUUCCGCUACUCUCCCCUCCUUCUCUGGCCCCGGCCCCUCCUCCGUCUCCACCGUUCCCUCCCCCGCGCCGGACAGCCCUCCUACGGCGUCAGGCCUCGGCGCCCUCCCUCCGCAGUCGGGGCCCCGCCUCUUCUCGCACCUUCAUCCACAGCCGCACGCACCGCGCACGCCGGCGCCUUCCCAUCAGCCGCCGCACCCAGCCCCGUACGAGAGCGGACCUCCUCGUCCCCACGCGCAGGAGGUCAGGCGUCCUCACCCCGUACCUGCUGUGGACAAGAGUUCGAGCGUAGCCCAGCGGCGCUGAGCACGGGUGGUGCGUGAGGGCGGAACACCGCAACGCGCGACAAAGCGGGAACAAACAGCACACGCGAUACGUUCGUAGCUGGAAACGAGAGCGUGUGCGUAUCCCUCGGACCGGGAGGCGGGCACCUCUGCCCCGUUGCCUCCGCCGUGCGUGUGCGUGCGUUUCUUAGCCGGCCGGUCCGCUCUCUUCCGCUCUC